CGUCAAGCGAGAAGACGCCCACUUCGGCAGCAGCAACCGAGGGAACCGCCCUGCCACUGCCAGCUCGCCCUCGCCGCCGGCGCCAUGGCCAUGCAGCUCGCCGCGCUCUGCACCGACCCCGUCGUGCUCUCCGCCGCCUUCCUCUGCCUCAUCCUCCACCUCUCGCUCAGAUCGAUCGCCCGCCCUGCGUCCGUCGGCGGCCGCCGCCUCCCUCCCGGGCCCCCGGGCAUCCCCGUCCUCGGCGCGCUGCCGUUCGUCGGCCCGGCCCCGCACGCCGGCCUGGCGUCCCUGGCGCGCAAGUACGGCCCCGUCAUGUACCUCAAGAUGGGCACUUGCGGCGUGGUGGUGGCGUCGUCGCCGUGCGCGGCGAAGGCGUUCCUCAAGGCGCUCGACGCCCGGUUCGCCAACCGGCCGGCGGUGGCGAGCGCCGUCGACAUCACCUACAACUACCAGAACAUGGUGUUCGCCAGCUACGGCGCCAAGUGGAAGCUGAUGCGGAAGCUCGCCAGCGUGCACCUGCUCGGCGCCAGGGCGCUCGCCGACUGGGCCGCCGUGCGCCGCGACGAGGCCGGCCGCCUCCUCCGCGGCAUGGCCGAGUCGGCCGCCGCCGGCCGCCCCGUCGUCAUCCCGGAGGUGCUCGUCUGCGCGCUCGCCAACAUCGUCGGCCAGAUCACCGUCAGCAAGCGGGUGUUCGACGUGCAGGGCGACGAGUCCAACAGCUACAAGGACAUGAUCGUGUCGCUGCUGACGGGGGCAGGGCUGUUCAACAUCAGCGACUUCGUGCCGGCGCUGGCGUGGCUGGACCUGCAGGGCGUGCAGGCCAAGCUCCGCCGCAUCCACAACCAGUUCGACGUCCUCAUCACCAAGCUCCUCGCCGACCACGCCGCCACCGCCGCCGACCGCGCCGGCCGCCCCGACUUCGUCGACAGGCUCCGGGCCGCCGUCGGCGUCGACGACGAGGACGGCGAGACCAUCACCGAGGUCAACAUCAAGGGCCUCAUCUUCGACAUGUUCACGGCCGGGACGGACACGUCGUCGAUCAUCGUGGAGUGGGCGAUGGCGGAGCUGAUGAAGAACCCGGCGGUGAUGGCGCGGGCGCAGGAGGAGAUGGACCACGUGGUGGGGCGCGGGCGGCGGCUGGAGGAGUCCGACAUCCCCAACCUCCCCUACCUCCAGGCCGUGUGCAAGGAGGCCAUGCGCCUCCACCCCUCCACGCCGCUCAGCCUUCCGCACUUCACCUUCGACGAGUGCGACGUCGACGGCCACCGCGUCCCGCCCAACACCCGCCUCCUCAUCAACAUCUGGGCCAUCGGCCGCGACCCGUCGGCGUGGGAGGACCCCCUCCAGUUCCGACCGGAGCGAUUCAUGCCCGGCGGCGCCGCCGCCAGGGUCGACCCGCUCGGCAACUACUUCGAGCUCAUCCCCUUCGGCGCUGGCAGGAGGAUCUGCGCCGGCAAGCUCGCUGGCAUGGUGUUCGUCCAGUAUUUCCUCGGCACGCUGCUCCACUCCUUCGACUGGCGGCUCCCCGACGGCGAGGAGAAGCUCGACAUGUCCGAGACGUUCGGCCUCGCGCUGCCCAAGGCUGUCCCGCUCCGCGCCAUCGUCACGCCGCGGCUCGCGCCGGCCGCCUACGCCUGACGGACACCGUGUAUGCAUGCAUAUGUACGUCGGCCCGUACGUCGCUCGCUCGCCACCCGCGGCGGCAAUCUGAUGUUUGUACGUAAAUAUUUUCGUUGGUUCAUUUCGAAAGCAAAACACGAGACCUAAAAUAUUGCAAGCAAAUACACCUUAAUUUCUUUUCUGCUC